GUAUAUGCACAAUGCAAAAGAAAUGAGUGGUCUUUACAGAGGGAUCCAGAGCUUGUCAACACAACUCUCUACUAUGAAAGUCUUUGUCUUGAUUGCAAGAAUUUCAUCACUAAGAUGUUAUUUCCAUCAUGGCAGGAAGUUGGAAGCCUUAUGAACCUGAAACUAGUGCCUUAUGGAAAUGUUCAAGUAUGGAAAUACCUUUCAAUCCAGAUGUUUCAUUUUUUGAUAAUUUCAAAUAUUGAUAAUUCCAAAUGAUUUUUUUUUUACUAUUCUUAAGCCUUAAAAAUUAAAUUGUUUAAAUGUCAAAACUGUUAUAAUGGGACAUUUUCAGAUGUUAAAAAAAAAAAUGCUUUCUUUGCUUGGUUUUUUUUUCUCUAUUAAACUGCAAAAGAUUACAAAUUAAAAUUAAAUUUUGCUAAUUUUGUUUACAUACGAAGCUUUAUCGAAUGCUAAUUUUAUUAGAGAUAUCACUGGUAAAUAAUGGGUCAUAUUUAUUAUAUUUCACAAAAAGUAAAAACAAGUGGGAGACCACUGGGAGUUUAAUUGCCCACAUAGAAAAGAAGAGUGUGUUGGAAACAGCAUUUAGGUUAUCAUGUUUGGAGAUGACUGUUUAUUAAUUAUAUUUAGAGAAAAUCGCAGAAAUUAAAAAAAAUUCUUAAUCUCAUAUUUACUUAUAUAAAUUCCUUUGCUCACAGCAUUAGUUUUCUUAUAUUGUUAUAUUCUUCUUUCUUUCCACAGACAUUUAAUUUGCUAUUUUCAUUGUACAGAAAGUUUCUAUUCAUUUCCCUUUUAUCAAUUGCAUGGAAAGCUCUGCAGCCAGACCAGAAGAUUCAGCUAAAGUGGGUAUUUACUUUAACGAGAGUUUUUUUUUUUUUUAAAUCAUAAUGAACCUAUUUCCAAGCAAUGAGUUCCUUUGAAAAAAUUUAAUAUGAAGAUAAUGUUUAAACGACUUUAUAAUUUACCAUAAUCGUAACUUCUUACACCGAGGAAAGAAAUAUUUUUAAAAAUAUUUUAAUUGAAAAUGCAAAUAUCAUUUUUGAGUAUAAUUUUUAUAAUGAAAUGAAUUCCCCAUUUUAUUUUCAAUUCAAUGAAUUCUUUUUGAAAAUAUUUUUUUCCAGUGUGCUAAAAGAUUCCUAGUUCCUUUGGAUCAAAUCCUGAAGUGCGGCAAUUCUAGCAUGGGUAACAGCCUGGAACAUCAGAUGGCAGCUCAAACAGAU